GAUCGACGCCCCCAGAUUCACCGGGAAGGAAGAUCCGGAGAUCCACCUGGACUCCUUCAACCAGAGUGCGACCAUGAACGGUUGCACCGAUGAAGAAAAGUGUCUACUUUUCUUCCAGACCUUGCGGAACCGAGCCACUGAAUGGUUCAAUAAGCUUCGCUCGGGAAGCAUUGACUCGUUCAGUGAUUUGGCCUCAAAAUUCAAGGCCAAGUUCCAGGAGAAUUGUACUAAGAGGAAGAAGUUCACCUAUCUUAGUACAGCCGGGCAGAGGGAGUCUGAGAACCUCACUCAGUUCCUUACCCGGUGGAAGGAAGAGGUAGACAAGGUGGAGGAGAUGGAUGACAAGACCAUCCUCUCCCUCCUCUUGAAUGGCUUGCGUGCUGGGGAACUAUACAAGGAGUUCUGCCGGAAACCCCCAGCCACAUACCAAGAGGCCUACAAUACUGCAUGGGAGUUUGCUGAAGCUGAAACCCAGCUCCGGGCAAAGAGAGAAGCUGAGCAUGGUCACAAGCCCAAGCCGGUGCAAGUCAAGAAGGAAGAAGCACCGGGACCUAGCCGGCCGAGGCACCACUAUGACCCGGUCAUCCGAGUGGUCAAUACAGAAGAAUGCCAAGAAGUUCGGAAAGCACCGGUCAUUCCUCCAGAAAACCCUAUCGGUCAAGUAGGGCGGCAGUGGUCGGGCACCUAUUGUUCGUACCACAGGUCCAAUUCCCAUACCACCUCCGAAUGCAAGAGUGUUAAAGGGAUCAUCCGGCAGAUGAUCGAUAGUGGAGAGCUGGGCAAAGAUUACUUGCAGAAAGCCCAGGAGAAGAGUCAUCAGUGGGUUAGGCCAACUGCCCCAGGGAAUGACCGGGACAAUGACCGGCGGAGGAAUAACCGGCCAAGGGAUCGGCAACCUGCCCCCGAAAAAGAACACAUCGGCAUGAUCUUCGGCGGACCCGAGGGUGGAGAUUUAGCCGCGCAGCGGAAGAACUGGGUCCGAAGCAUUUACGUGGGAGAAGUAAGUGCUGAACCGCCCAGGCGUAAACAUACUAGGAGGGAGCCAAUCGUCUUCACUGACCGGGAUCUCCCUCCUACCGGUCAAGAUCACAAUGAUCCAUUGGUCAUCACCAUGGACAUUAAUGGGGUAGAUGUCGCCCGGGUACUUGUUGACACCGGCAGCAGUGUCAACAUCUUAUACCUGGAGACCUUCCAAAAACUCAGGUUGUGUCGAACACAACUUGAACCCCUCAAAACCCCUCUCUCAGGCUUCACGGGGGAUACCGUUGAAGCUGAAGGAUCCAUAGUUCUACCAGUCGAACUAGGAUCAGGUGAAAAGACCGUGUGGAAGAAGAUGCGGUUCAUAGUUGUGGACAUCAAAUGCGUCCACAACGCAAUCCUAGGAAGGCCAGGCAUCAAUAAAGUCGGGGCGGUGAUUUCCAUGCCUCAUCUAUGCAUGAAGUUCCACACUCCAGGUUGCGGUUCAGGGACGGUGGUGUUGGGGCCUGACCGGGUCUCGAAACUGGAUAAAGAGGACCCGGUCGAAGAAGAGGAGGUUGAAGAUUCCUCGGAUGCGCAGGCAUCCGAGGAAGAAAUACCUUGACUAUCAGAAGAAGACAUUGACCGGGAAUGAAAACUGAAGAGGGAAGAGAGCUUACUUGGCUCGGAGGGCUGGAGGGCAGGAGAGAGAAGUUGACCGGUGAAACUCGAGAAACGCGCGAGGAAGAAGUGAGGAAGGCAGUGGGGAUGGAAGCCUUUAUAUAGGCGAGGAAGAGAGAGAGGGAGGCGACGUGGCUUCACCAGGGCG